GCGAUUGGCUGGCUCCGGGGCCCGCACCUCAGGCCGGAGAAACUGAGCUGAAGGAUCCCGCGGCUCCUCAGAUAUAGCCAUAUUUGUCUUGCACCAGAGACCUUUGUGGCAGGUGAGAGUGCACCAGUAGAUGAGCAGCUGACUAUGAAUUCUCAGCAAAACAUGCGUAAAUUAGACAACGAAGUCAAAUCUGAGGACCUUGAACUGCCAGGGAGGAAAUCCAGCAAUUUUCAAGUCCUCGAUCCUAAUCCAGAUGAAGGGCCAUCUACAAAGUGCAGUAUUAUGGAAUGUGGAAAGAAUUAUGAAUCUGUGAUUUCUCAUGAAGUUAUCCCAGACUUAAGUAAAGAGACAUCAGUAGCAUGUCUUCAAAAAGAAUUGGAAAUUCUCAGAACAAGCAAUAAAAAGCUUCAAGAAAAAUUGACCAAAGAAGAUAAAGAAAAGAGAAAAUUAAAGCUUAAGUUGGAACUCCAAGAGAAAGCGGCAGAGGCUGAAAUUGCUGAGAGGACAGCAGCUUUGGUUGAAGAAGUGUAUUUUGCACAGCGAGAACGUGAUGAAGCUGUUAUGUGCAGACUGCAGUUAGCCCUUGAGGAGAGAGAUGAAGCAGUUGAACGUAUGAAGCACAUGGAAAUGUCAUUAAAACUGCUAGAAAAUAUUAACCCUGAAGAAAAUGACAUGACAUUACAGGAAUUACUGAACAGAAUAAACAAUGCAGACACUGGGAUAGCUAUUCAGAAGAAUGGAGCUGUAAUUGUGGAUAGAAUCUACAAGACCAAGGACUGUAAAAAGAGAAUAACUGCAGAAGAAAUGACUGCAGUGAUAGAAGAGCGGGAUGCCGCGUUAGCUCAGUGCAAACGGCUGCACCAGGAGCUUCACCGUCUGAAAGAGCAAAACCAGACUUCUGCAAACAACAUGAGACAUCCGACUGCUGAAAACAAUCAGGAACGUGCUCUGAAGGCAAAAUUAUUAUCAAUGGAGCAAGCCAGAGAAACUGCCCUUGAACAGUACAAAAGGCUGGAAGAAGAAAUACAGACAUUACGAGUUUACUACAGUUUACACAAAUCAUUAUCCCAAGAAGAAAAUUUGAAGGAUCAGUUUAACCAUGCUCUUAGUACCUAUGAAGAGGCCUUAAGAAACAGAGAGAGUGUUGUUUCCAUCACUCAACAGCAGAAUGAAGAACUGGUCACCCAACUUGAGCAGGCUAUGACCGAACAUGCGAACAUGGAAUUACAGCUUCAGCGUGCUGUGGAGGCCUCUCAAGCAGCCAAUGAAAAGGUUCAGAAGUUAGAAAGGCUGGUGGAUGUCCUGAGGAAGAAGGUUGGAUCAGGGACUGUGAGGACAGUGAUCUGACUGAAAAACACCCCGUGUGGGGGAAGCACUCACAUCUGGUGACCAGGCUGCCUCAUUCAACGCUGUGCAAACACUGAAAGCCUUAACUUAGCAAACAGUUGUCAGAAGUGGGACACUCCAACCACAUUCCAAGCUGCGAUAAAAUCAGAUCACAAAUGUUUAACCACUUUGCUGCUGACUUCAGUUAUUUAUCCAAAUAUAUUAACUACAGCUUUUACCAACUAUAAGUUACAGCUUAUUUUGUAACUAUUUUAUAUUUGUGCCUUUAAUGUAAAUCUUUCAGCCAGUGUACUAUAAAAACGUGUGAAGUCAGUCAGGAUCAUACCCUCGCAUAUGGCCCUUUUCUGAAUCAAAGUGCAGCAAAGUAAAUAUUGUCCAAGCCUUAAUCCACUGUGUUAGGUCAAAACUUCAAAUAAAUGCAUUUUCAGUAUAGAGUAUAUUUCUUAACUGAUGGGAGAAGCUCAGACAUGAGAGAAUGUAGCCUACAUUCAAUGUAUGUAUGCAGCUUUUAUUCUUAAUGUUGAAUAUAGUAUAGAACUCAUGAAUUGAAUGUAUGAUUUGCUUUAACAGUGCAUUAAGAUGGCAGUCACCAAGGCAUGACUUUUGUUUCACUAUAAAUAAUAUAUUCUGCUUUUAAUUAAAAAGGUUAUUAAUGUGCACUUAUGCAUAAAUAUUAUUGGUAUUUUGUAAUGUUGAGUCCAGGUAAUUAUCUAAGCAUCACCUAUGCUGUCCCACUCAUGGUCUGGGACACUUUUGGAUUGUAAAUUAGUAUGUGCCAGUCAUCUUGUCUCUAUUCUGAAAGGCAAGAAGACAUCAAACCUAUUAGCAUUCUUAUUAUCUUUUAGAUUAUGUUUUUUGCUGUGGUAGAAGAGAAUCUAAUAUAUAAUAUACAAAUAAAUUCUGAAUAUAAGGACCUAGAGAAAAGCAUUCUUGAAAUUUGGUUCAAAAUAUCCACUUUUGAAUUUAUUUAAAACAUAACUUAAAAUAAUGAACAUGGAAACCACUUCUCACCAUAUGAUGUUAUGAGUAUUUAUGGAAAAUAUUGUCGGUUUUACAGAUUGGAUAGCUGAAAUGCCAUACCUGGAAAGGGAUGAGAUGAACAAAGAAUACUGAGUUAUUGAAAAUUUUAUAGGCAAAACUUUUCUAAGUUCCUAGUUCAACUAUAAGAUUAAGCCAAAUUAUUUAUCAUUGCCUGUUUUCAGGCUAAAUAUAUUCAGAAUGAUAGACUAUAUCAUUCUUUCCUAUCCCACUGGAAAUAUCUUUUUUAUUCUCUUUGAACUCUGUAGAAUAUUUUGAGGUCCCUUAUCAUCAUGAAAUAUGACUCAGAACAUUAAUACAUCCUUGUUACUAAAUCUGUAAAAUGAAGUUAACUGGUAAUUAAUCAUGUCAUUGGAUUCAAGUUUGAAAUUUAUUCACAUUGCAUGUUCUUAGUGAUGUAAAACUAUGAGAAUUAGAAGAUGACAGCAAAUGUUAAAAAUAAACCAACUGCGCUUGUCUUACCGUCACAUAGAGGGUCGUAGCCUCUGGUAAACCACAGACACUUACUGUUGGAAGCCAGUGCUUUAAGUUGCUUGUUGUCUGGCUCUAUAACAGGCCCCUGUGUGAAGACGUGGCAUCUUAAAGUCACCCAGGGGUACAGGUAAGUAAAAUAUCCAUUCCUGGAUGUUCUUCAUAGAGUCACAAGGAAAACUGAAUUUUCACCUUAGUCUUGAGAAACAGUUUCCUUGAGUUAUUUUCUCUGAAGUCUUGGAACACAGAGUGCAAAUAAAAACAUUUUACAACUUCCAAACGUCACUUAGAGCAACCGGUUCCUGUACAGCUGUACAAAACAGGAUAUUAUAAAAUGAAACUCAUAAAACAAUUCUAACAUCUACCAUGUUUCAAUAUAGGUGCCCCAAAGAAUUAAAAAAUGGCCCAGGCAACUUUUGUAUUGAUUUCUUACACUUAAAAAUGCCUACCAACACUUUUUCAAGUAAUCACUAUGUGAAGGAAUACCCAGAAUCACAGAAAAUCACUUUGCUACUUAUUAAAAAGCAAUGCAGCUGCUGAAGAAUUCCACUCUGUGUUUCCUUCAGUUUGCCUUAAAUGUUUCCAAGUCUACUAUCGUAGCGUGAGCGUUCACUUCUGAAACAAUAAGCAAGUCCUUUAAAGACGAGAUUACCGUUGGUAACACGUGAUCUGCAAAAUCAUUUCACAUCUUUUUUAUUUGACUCUGCCAACAGCGUCAUGAUAAUUGCUAUAUAGAUUUUAGUAUUGACUUUAUUGUUUUUGUGGCCAUUGCUAACUACAUUGAUUCUGAUAAGAAAACAAACCUCCUCGAAGUCUGACAUCUUACAACUAAACCCCACUAAAUCGUAGGUCUCUAGGCCUGACUGUAAGAAAAAGAAAAGUAUAGCAAAUAUUUUUCUUUUUCAUUUUUCAAAUAUUUUUAUUGAAUUUUUUUUAGUAUUUCCUACAAUGUAUUUUAGUCAUAUUUACCCCUAACUCCUCCCGUUACCUCCUCCCAAGUCCUCCCUUAUAUCCCCAAUGGCUCCAACUUUGAAUCCUUUUUUUUUUUUUAAUUUAAUAACCUAGCAACCUCAGUCUGUGCUGUCCAUAUAAUUAUUGGUGUGGGGCCAUCCACUGGAGCAUAAAAAGAUUUUUAUGUCUGCUGCUGCAGAGAUGUCUUAGUGGUCAGGUCAUUUACUGUUCUUAAAGAAACCAGGUUCAGUUCCCAGAACUCAAGUCAGGUAGCUCAUAGCUGCAUAUCACUCUGGUCCAGGGGAUCCCACACUCUCUGACCCCCAUAUGCACCUGUAUUCACACAAGACACACAAAACUCAAGUAGGUAUAAACACAAACAUAUUUUUUAAAAAUAGGGCAGUAAUUAAAAGCAACAUCUUAAAGAUGCAUUUUUAAGUUCUGUAAUGUUUGCUAUUCUUGCUCCAUUUCCUCUAGUAACCCAAAGAUUAUAUACAUCUCUUUCCGUGCAGUUCAAUGGGAACUACACACACACAAAUAGUUGAUUUUUUGUCACUGCUGUGUACUGUGUGGCAGCAUGUGCUUUGCCUCAGCCUUCACGAAAAUGAAGGCAGGGGGUAUUAAACUAUUUUAAUUUGUUCUGUGGAUAAAACCCAACACUGCAGUGUUACAAAGUGGCAAAGCAUAUUUCCAACACACUGUGCUUCCUACAACACAGACUUGAUAAAACCAGUUGCAGGCAAAGCGGUGGGUGACAAGCAACACAGGCACACUACAACAGAACUGAUGAGUAAUAUAUAAUAAGUUAGGUUUGAUGAAUAAACCAUUAUGUUUUAGAGCAAUUAAAACAAUAAAAAUAUUUUUAAAUAAAUAUUUUAAGCUCC